AUGCAGACACUAAAGGAGUUACAAGCCUUUGGAAGAUCGUUGUUGCUUGAUGCAGACAACUAUGGGUAUUGGAAGGUCAAGGUUAUGAACCUUAUCAAAGGAAUUGAUGAGGAUGCCUGGAUCACAGUUCAGAAGGGGUGGACGAUUCCAAAAGUCAUCAUUGAUGGUGUGGAGACGCUUAAGCCCAGCGAACAAUGGACGGUGAAUGAAAAGAAAGCUUCAGCACUAAAUUCAAAAGCACUUUCAAUCAUCUUCAACACUGUGGAUUCGGAUGAAUUCAAACAGAUCCAAGCGUGCAAAACCGCCAAAGAAGCUUGGGAUGCCUUGGAAUUGAUACAUGAAGGAACAUCAAGUGUUAAGAGGAAAAGGCGUGACAUUGUCAAACAUCAGUUUGAUAAGUUGGAGAUGGAUGAGGAUGAAAGUGUGAAGGAGUUUUGUGGAAAACUCAGUGCAUUGGCGAAUGAAGCUGCAGCUUUGGGAAAGCAGUACAAGGAUAGUAAACUGGUCAACAAAUUAAUCAUGAGCUUACCGGAGAAAUACAUACCUCAAAUAGCUGCAUUCCAGAUGGUGCACAACACUGACAAUGUAAGUUUCAAAGAAACCGUUGGUAUUUUUGCUGCUCAUGAAUUAGAGUUGAAUGUUAUCAGAAAAAAGUCAGUGCCACCUCGCAAAAAAGGAGUAGCCCUUCACGUUCCAGAAGAUGACUCGCUUCAUAUUACAGCUGAAGACGAUAUGUCACUUAUAGUGAAAAAAUUCAAUAAGUUUUUCAAGAAAAAAACUUCAUAUCCCCAAAAGCAAGAAGCAAAAGAGACCAACAGAUGUUUGGAAUGCAAGGGAAAAGGACAUUGGAAGGCAAAUUGUCCUAGUGUUGCCAAAAGAGAAGCUGUCUUGAAGAGUCUUCAGGAGAUACAAUGCUAUGAAUGUCAGGGCUAUGGUCAUACGAAAAAAGAGUGUUUGGGAAAAUCCAAAGGAAAAGGAAAAGUCAUUGUAAAUCAUGACAACUCUGAGACAGAAUCUGAAGAAGAAGAAGAGGAAGAGUUACCAAACUUAUGUGCAUUCAUUGGGAUCAUAGAUGAAGAAUCUGAUGAUGAAGAGGUAGAUGUAAACGAACUCUACAAUGAGACAAUGAAGAUCUACGAGAUUAACAUGAGGCUGGUCAAGGAGAAGAAGGAAUUGGAGCUGCAACUAAAAGAAGCAAAGACCGAAAUAGUGGUAAAGAAAGAAGAGAUCACUCACUUGAAACAACAACUAGAAGAAACAAAGAAGAAUGUACGAAUGCUUGGAAGUGGAACAGAGAAGUUGGACUAUCUGCUCGGCAUGGGCAGACAUGAUCCUGGACAUACAGGGCUUGGAUAUGUGGGCGAGCAAAACAAGAACCAAGGUAAGUUUGUGUCAGGAGGAAUACUGGGCGAAGAAGUACCUGACAAAAUCCGAAGGGACCCUCACUUCAGACCUGACUUUCAACCAAUGUACUCUCGACCUGAUUUCCAUACAAGGCACUACCAACCUAACUUCCAGUCGAGGAGAACAUACCAAGAGAGACGGAGCUGUUUUUUCUGUGGUAAAAAGGGUCAUAUUCGAGCUCAUUGCCAUCAUCUAAAAGCCACUCGGGAUAAAGGUAAGUAUAAUCACUAUCCUUUUACUGUGAAACAGAUUUGGGUAAGGAAGGAUGCUCUUAACUGUAAUGUGGCAUUGAUCUCUGAGCAAAGUAACCAUGAUAACAUAUGGUACCUUGAUAGUGGUUGUUCAAGACAUAUGACAGGGAAGAAGGAGUUGCUAUCAAAUCUUGGACUUAAGGCAAAUUUGAUUAGCAUUAGUCAACUUUGUGACAAUGGUAUGAAGGGAAACGAACAACAAACCACUGUUAUACCUGGACAGAAAAGAACAAAAAUCAGCCAAAGUGCUUCAAAGGAACAAGUUGACAAGAAACACCUCGCGAUUGAGUAUGUUCCCACAGAACAUCAACUGGCUGAUCUCUUUACAAAACCACUUGACAUGAACAGAUUCAUGUGCUUCCAGAAAUCUGUAGGUGUUGGGGAACAAUAA